AUGUCCAAGAAGUUCUCCGUGGAGUGGUUGUCCCAGAGUUUCCAUGACCAGGAUAAUUCACACAAACCAUGUGCAACAGAAGCGCUCCAUCUGAUUGGAGAAGUGGAGAACAAGGCCCCGUCUUCCCCUACAAAUAGUUGUGGGUACACAUCGGCCUCUGAGAGCGAUGUGGGUGAAGACAGUGAAGGAGAAUCCGGGCCGCAGCGCCGCGUCAGAACCAAGUUCACCUCCGAGCAGAUCUCGCGCCUGGAGAAAACCUUCAGCAAACACAAAUACCUCGGAGCGACUCAGAGACGGAAAAUAGCAGAAAAGCUGCAUCUGUCUGAAACACAGGUGAAAACAUGGUUCCAGAACAGACGGAUGAAGCUGAAGCGGGAGGUUCAGGACAUGCGCGCUGCGGAGUUUUUUGUACCGUCUGUUCUGCCCCCGGUGACGUCAUUUCAGCACCACGCCAUGAGCGGACAGCGCUCGCGCCUCUAUUACCCCGCGCGUGCACUGCAGCGGAUUCCAGUGCCGCAACAGCAGCAGCACCUCCACCCGCUGCUGUUUGCUCCCUGUUACUUUUAAACAUUUUCUUUGAUUUGAAAUGAUCUGUAAUCUAGAUGU